UUUUCCCGGUUCAAAAUUUUGGCGCUCGAUUUCAAGAACAAAGCAUCGAGUGAUUGCGAAUUCUUUGAUUUGAGUUGAAUAAAGAAACCCUAUGGAGCAGAACUCUCUUCCUCAUAACGAGUCUCUGAGAAAACCGAAUAGCAUUCCUCAGAAGGUUAAUGAAGUUAAUGGUGGAUUGGCACCUCUUAUGCCUGCGGUUGAUUGGAAAAUAAAGCCUCCAUCAGAUAAAAAGGUUACUUGGCAAUGGCUUCCUUUCAAACAUUCUGCUCGUAAAGAUGAUCUUCAGCUUAGCCAUUGGGUUAAAGUUGUAAAUGGUGUUCCACCAUCAGGGGACUAUUCUUUUGCCAAGUAUAACAUGUCUGUUGACAUAACAAGAUACACAGAUGAGGAGUAUGAGAAAUAUUUGGCAAAUCCUAACUGGACCAAGGAGGAAACAGAUCAACUGUUUGACUUGUGUGAUAGGUUUAAUCUCAAAUUCAUUGUUAUAGCUGAUAGGUUUCCUUCAUCUCGAACUGUUGAAGAAUUAAAGGAUCGAUAUUAUAGUGUAUCUCGGGCUAUACUAAUUGCUAGGAAUCCAUCUUCUAGGGAUGGUGCUGUGGAUCCACUUGUUAAGGAACCAUAUAACGUUUCACAGGAGAUCAAGCGGAAACGAGCUCUGUCUCUAAUCCUCUCUCAAACAAAACGACAAGAGCGUAGAGAUGAAGAGGUACUUGCUGAAGCAAAAAGAAUUUCUGGAUUACGCAUAAAGGUUGCCGGAGAGUCUAAGUCGGUUGCUGCUUCAAAUUCUAGUGCAGAUGUUACAGAGAGGGCCAGCCCCAAUGAAACUGUAUCUCUAUCAAAUAUGCAACGCCGAUCGGCAGUAUUGCCUUCCACAAUAACGAGAGAUAAUCUUGGCUCGACUCAUGUCUAUUUAAGAACCGACGCACUUGCUUACAUGAUGAGCAAACACUUAUCAGUUGAGUAUCAGACUAGCCUCCAACAAGCUUUUCGGAGACUUGGGGUCAAUCCGACACCAAGGGUUCCAUCAAUAACUGUUUGUUUUGAGUAUCUUAAACUAAGAAAUGACAUAGUAACUUUCACGAAUCUAAUAGGUCAGAUCCGUCGCCUUCAGCUGCAGAAUGAGGCGGCCAACGGUUCAUCUUUUCGUGAUGGUUCACACGGAACAUUGACGCAUUUGCAUCGUGAAGAAGAUCUGGAUUGGAUUCCUGGUAAAACAGACUCUGGGGGGGCAAGAACUGGUAAAAGGGAUCAAAAGAGCAAGGCGUCAGGACAACGUAAAAAAGCUUCAUCAACAGCCCAAUCAAAAAGAAAGAGAAAAUAAAGGCCUCAGAUCUGUAGAUCCCUAGUGGCAACCGGAAUGAAUUUUAAGAUUUCUAGUGCUCUUUUGAUAGGAAUAAUGCAUCUUGUGUGCUAAAUGGAGCAAUGAGGUUCAUAUCUUCAACAAAUACCGGUCGCCAGGUGCUAGUGACUAACCAAGCUUAUUAGGAUUUGAAUGUAAUUGGGUUUAGGAGUUGUGAAUAUUCCAGAAGUUUGUGGAUGUUUACGUUAUCUGUCAAAAUACCUCAAAUCUCAAAGCGAUUAUAUAAGGAUGUAGAAAUUGGUUUGUAUGGAGAAGUUGACGGAACAAUUGACAAGCCUAGGGGAAUAU